AUGGUUCCACGCCCUUUUACCGCCACCUUGGAAUCAUCCCCAAAUGACACGAAUCCAGCCUUCACCUUGAUGAGUUCGUCCCAAAGUCUAUGGGACAUAGUGGAGAAGGGGUUCCAAGAACCCAAGGAGAACGAAGAGCAAUCUGUGGCUCAGAUUGCCACAUUGGAAAAGACACGAGUAAAGGACAAAUUGGCUUUGUAUUUUUUGUACAAUGUCGUGGAUGAAUCAGGCUUCGAGAAUAUUUCAAACGCUGCGUCUUCAAAGGAAGCAUGGGAGAUCUUGGAGGUUGCGCACAGAGGUAACCACCGUGUUAGACAGAUCCGACUUCAAACUCUUCGAGGAGAGUUUGAGUGUUUGAAGAUGGAGGAUAAGGAGCGAGUAUCCGAGUACAUAACUCGGGUGGAGAAGUUGGCUAACCAACUCGGAAGGAAUGGGGAGCCAAUGCCAGCAUGUAGAAUUGUGGAGAAAAUCUUGAGAUCAUUAACAGAUGAUUUCGAGAGCAUUGCAUGCGUAAUUGAGGAGUCAAAGGACUUGUCACUUCUCUCAGUGGAAGAGCUCGUUGGGUCACUCAAUGCCCACGAACAAAGGAGGAGGAAGAUGAAGGACACUCUUGAUGCUUUCAGAACCGAUGUAGAACAGUGCUUUUGUAGUAGUGGUGAGAAUAGUAAAAUCAUAGGAAUAACAUGGUCGUCGGUUUAA